AUGUUGUUUCCGUUUGCUGUAGAUGUCACCUUUACCCCAGAACAGAACAGUGUGGAUUCAGAAUUCAAAGGCCCUGUGAAUGUCUACUAUGUCAACGCUGGAUGUUUGGAGGCUGUUCUGGACUGCUGUUCUGAGCAUACUUUCAGUGGACAUCCUCUGUCAAUCAAGUACACAAGAAAGAAACAAGAGCCUAAAGCUAAACCAGAUCCUGAAGCCAAGCGGGUAGGCAUUUCUGAGACAGAGAGGAGGAGCUCCAUUCAUGAUAAAAAUGGAGACAAUGGUUCUAAAACUGACAAAGAUGAUAAUUCAACAGCCUCAUUGAGCACAGGUGCAAACAUCAAUGUGGAUGAGGACAUCUCAAACAUGACCAGAGAUGUCUGCUCAGGCAUGAUGGAGUCUCUGAAUAAACUGCGCCAGCUGGGCACUGACAAUCCAAAUGUGAUGAAAAUACUUGAGAUGCAGAAUGAGCUCUUAAAGCUUCAGCAGACAUUGUCAAAAGAGCAGUCACAGCCAGCAACGACUGUAGAAGAUCCAUGGACAGUAACAGCUGCAGACAAUGUAGCUGGCAAGCAGAUCAAACAAAGUCAGAGUGAGCAGGAACAGGAAAAGAAGUUGCCCAAAGAGCAGAAGAAAAAACCAGAGAAAGAAUCCAGAACUGAGAAGCAAAGGAAAGAGAUGGAAGAUUUGCAAAGGAUGAUUGAUGAAGCAGAAGAAGCAAAGAGACAGAAAGAAGAGAGAGCCAAAAGACAGUUAGAAGUGGAGAUGCAGAAGAUUAAAGAAUCAGAGGAGAAGAGGAAAUCUGGUUGGGCCAGGAGAAUGAUUGAAGAUGCCAAACAAAGUCCAGAAUAUGUCACUGGGGAGAAUGCACCAUCAAAAGAGGAGAUACAGCGCAUGUUCAAACUGAUAGAGACCAGACGCAAAGAGGUUGGAGAAACCAAAAAGGUAGAAGAAACCAAAGGACUUGAGACAUUUAAAUUAGAGCAAGCAGGGGGAAAUGCAGGACGGCCCGAGGAAAUAUUGAAGAAAAUGGGAUUGGAUUACUUGGAUGCUCAGUCCUCUCAGAUGCUCGAUCAUGCUCAGUUUGAUGCUGCUGUCCAAGAAAAGGUUACAGGCAGUGAUAUGCAGGCCACAUCAGAGGAGUCGCAGAUAAACACAGAAGAAAUUGUAAGUAUACAUU